CGGGGAAGUCACGUGAUCCGGCGGCUCGGAGACUCGGGAAGCUGAACGCGAGAUUUUGGUGCCGCUGAGCCGCGGUAACGCGACGAGAAAACACGACCCCGGUAAAGAUGGUGUGAAAACAUCUCCGCGGCGUUGAACACAGAAGCUCUUCUGUUUGAAUGCAGGGCGUUUGGAGUGGAUUCCCUCAGGUAACAGUGAAGCUCAGAUUGUAAAGUGGUAACCUCAGGACUACACAUGACUACAGACGGCGCUAACAGCAUCAAUGGAACCAUGGCUUCAAGCAAGGCUGACACUCCCAAUGAGGAGACUCCACUGUCUCCGAGUCAUUCCCUCAGUCCUUCCGAGUCCCAGGACCAGUAUGAGAGGAUUGGAGGCAGAGCAGGGACGUCGUUCUUCGAUACUCUGAUCCACUUGCUGAAAGGCAAUAUUGGGACGGGGCUGCUGGGCCUCCCUCUGGCUGUGAGGAAUGCAGGGCUUGUGUUGGGACCUCUAAGUCUUCUGGUGAUGGGAAUAGUAGCUGUUCACUGUAUGGAUCUUCUGGUUAAGUGUUCCCAUCAUCUCAGUGCCAGGCUGGGGCUACCCUUUCUGGAUUAUGGGGAAGCUGUGGAACAUGGUUUGGCUACUGGACCUGGUUCCUGGUUGCAGAGACAUUCAGUAUGGGGAAGGCGAUUGGUUAAUUUAUUUUUGAUUGUCACCCAGUUGGGAUUUUGCUGUGUUUAUUUUGUGUUCCUCAGUGACAACGUCAAACAGGUGAUAGAAGCAGCCAAUGGAACAACGAACGACUGCCAUACCAAUCUGACAGCUGUGAUUGUCCCAACUUUUGACUCACGACUCUAUAUGCUGUGCUUUUUGCCGGCUAUUAUUUUGCUGGUGUUCAUCCGCAACCUGAAGUGGCUGGCACCACUCUCUUUAAUGGCAAACCUUUCGAUGUGCAGCAGCCUUGUCUUGGUUUAUUGGUAUUCGAUAACAAACAUCUCCUAUCCAGUUUCAUUGCCCUAUGUAGGAAAAGCAAAGGAUUACCCUCUCUUUUUUGGUACUGCAAUAUUUGCUUUUGAGGGUAUUGGUGUGGUUCUCCCACUAGAAAACAAAAUGCAGAAACCGGCAUCGUUCAGAAGAGUUCUCUACUUGGGAAUGGUCAUUGUUACGUUCCUGUACAUCAGUCUAGGCACUAUAGGAUAUAUGUGUUUUGGGGAUCACAUUGGAGGGAGCAUCACUCUGAAUCUGCCUGACUGUUGGAUGUAUCAGAUUGUAAAGCUCCUCUACUGUUUCGGGAUAUUCAUCACGUACGCCCUGCAAUUUUACGUCCCGGCAGAAAUCUUGAUUCCCCAGGUGGUAGCCAGGUUCCCGGAGAGGUGGGUCCUGGUCAUCGAUUUCUCCAUUCGCACUCUCCUGGUCAUGCUGACAUGUGCCUUAGCCAUCCUGAUUCCAGAACUGGACCUGGUGAUUUCGCUUGUGGGCUCCAUCAGCAGCAGCUUCUUAGCUCUGAUCUUCCCCCCGAUGCUGGAGAUCAUAACGUUCCACAGGGAAGGGCUGUCCUACUGGGUUAUAACCAAGAACGUCGUCAUCAGCAUUAUCGGCUUCAUAGGCUUCGUAGCUGGGACCUACGUCUCCAUCCAGCAGAUAGUCAUUCGGAGCGCCGAAAGACAUGCUCACAAUGGCACCAUGUCCUUUAGUCUUUAGUGCCAAGACCAGCUAUCAAGUCUGCUUUCAUUUACAACUUCAUAGCUACUGUUCUUUUCAUUUUAUUCUGUUCUGUUGUUUUGUUGGUGCUAUAUUUCCUUUUGUUUUCUUUUUAUACAUGAUGUAUAACAGUUGAUUUAGUGCCAAUGGCUGGAAGAUCACUUUGCCAGCCCCAUCUUGCCCAUUGUGGACCCUUUUGAGUGUAUGCCACCAGACUUAGGUUAGUGCAGCAGUUACAUCCCUCAUAAUUAUUGUCCUAAUUGGAAAACAAAAUAAAAAAAAACAGUUGUGAUUAAGAUGUAUUUAUGUAUCAUAAGGGGAAUUAACCUUAAUCUUCAAACCACUACUGCACUUGUGGAAGAAAAUAUUUAAAGGUAACUGUUUGCCAAAAAUCAUUGAAGGUUUGGAUGUAAUCGAGUCUUUUGGAUUCUGCACUGUGGAAAGUUUACACAUCUAGUCAUAUUCUUUGUUUCAUAAUUAUUACUUCUUCAUUAACAGUCUGUUUCAUCACUUUGUCCAAAUCAAAAUGAUCAGAAAUCAUCAAUGUAACAAUGCUGAAAUGAUACUGAAUCUGCUUUGCACAAAAUCUAUAUAUCUAUAUAUUAAAACAUGUUGUGACAUAAAAGUGUAAACAUUUUUGACAAAUUGCCAGCUUUUAUAGACCAUUUUAAGUUAAAUAGCAUGACAAUGAAUUAAGAAAAUUCAGUAUAGGUUAAAGAAUGUACUUUUGCACGGAUUUUUUAUUAUAAUUUAAAAUUGAUUUUGUUACAUUUGUUAUAAUUGAUUUAUUAGUUAUAUUUUUCUAUUCAAGAAGCAUGUAGCAUGACUGUUGUCAGUAAACUAUGAAACGAUAAAUUCAUAGCCCUAAACUUAUAUACUGUAGUUAGUGGAAGGAUCCUUAGACAAAAUUUAGAUCAGAUCAAUGACUAAAUAUUUACAGUCGCUUGGUUUCUGUAAUUUGUUAGUUUUGUAUUUUUCUCUACAGUGAUAACAAUUUAUAUUCAUUUUAAAUAAAGAUUUUUACUUUUCUUUUUUAUAAUUUUCUAAGUUGUGAACAUAGGAGUACCAUGUAAAAAUACAUUAUAAGUUGAAGAGUAUGCCACAGUUUGCUUCACUCACGGAAAUGUACAGUCUCCCUAAGAUACUGUAUACUGGUUAUGACCCUUAUACAGUAGAAUGUUCUUUAGGAACAUUGAAUAUUUCAUCUCCUAAGAAGAUGAUCACUGUGUAAAGAAUCUAGUGUAAAGUAAAACAUAAUCACGGUCAGGUUUGUAAUAGCAAUUUUUACUUUGACUUGUAUUUACAUUAUCAUGAUUAAAUGAGUACAAACUGUUUUUCAUGAUGGAAGUGUCUACCCAAAAUAAUUUUCUAAUAUUACAAUCUUAGAACGUCACGCAGAAACAUUGCAAUGCUUAUGACUAGUAACUUUGAUUCAGUAUAAAAAAUCAGAAUAAAAGUAUUAUUUUGAGUAUUCUCAAUGGAAUACAAGAAGUAUUCUUUGUAUACUGGUUAGUAUACAAGCAUUUAAAUUAGCAAAUACUUGUAUACAAACCAGAAAUCAUACAAUCACACAAUAAACAUAAUCAACAGGAUACAAUACCAUAACUGCACUAGCAUUCCAUAAUAUGAUCUAUUUUCACAUACUGUAUUCCAUUUAUUUACUCCUGGAGCAGUUUCAUCAAGGCUUUUUAUGUUAUUUUAUUACCAUAAUGCAAUGUCAGAAGACUAGUUCAAAAACAGGUCUGACUUUUAUUUUACUCUGAAAAGUUGAAACUUGAAAAUUCUUGGAAAUGAAGACUGUUCCUUCAGGAAAUCAGUCCUUCAGGGCAUGAAGUUAUUUCCUUCAGGAAAGAAAAGACAUGCUGAUUAGGGGUUGUGUGUUUUGGGGCAUUCGCAGAACCUUUCUGCCCACUACAAACCAGUUUUGCCUCAUUACCUCACCUGUGCAUCAUUAGGGAAUAGUAUAGCUGAACAGUAACUUGACUAAAGAAUGUUGUAUCCAGUUCAGAUUUGGUGUGCUUUUGGAUGUUGUAAAUACUUGUGUGGUAACAUUACGGCACAUCUAUUGUAUUUGAUUCUGCUUGAAAAAACAUCUUAAUGUAGUCUGUGAGGUAGUUUCAUUUGGAUAUGCUUUAUGGGGCUGUAUGACAUUUUUUGUUAAAAUUGAAGCACUUGAACUUGCUGCUUUUGAAAUUUUGUUUUUUGCAUUUUUUUUCUAAACCUUAUAGGUGAUCCAUCACCAAGAUAUUUAACAACAAUGUAAAGGGUACAUUUUCAAACACUAUCUGUUGUGGUUGUAGGGAGCUGGGAUUGAUUUAUCCUAAAAAUAGAAAGUGGAAUGUUGUUGUUAUUUUACAAUAUACAGUAUAUUUCAGCACUUUAUAAAAUCAUUCAAGUUUUGGUUUCCAUCAUUGUUCACAAUAAACACCUUUUCAACAGCUUCAGCUGUCUAACUACUGA